UGGAUUGGGUCACACGUAACCCAUUAAUUAUGCAGACCACAGUGGAACCUGUGUACGUGAUCAGAAUUGACGCCUCCAACAUAAUUACCUGCUGUUGUCAGUUGGCCAGGCGGUGAACAUCUGAGACUGCUUUAGAAAAUCCAACGAGCCAAAAAUGAUCUAUUCGGACAAUUGCUGCUGCUGCAUAGAGCUGAAGUGCGGCUGCAUCCUGAUAGUCCUUGUGGAGGUGCUCAUCCGGGGGUUGGAUCGUUUUUUUGUGGAUCGCGACACUGUUCUGGGAUUUUUCUCGCUCGUGGUGAGCGGGAUCUACGUAAUCUGCUGCAUAUUCCUUCUUCUCGGAGCCGUGCUGGGGCUGAGGUACUUUCUGUUGCCCUACCUCUCGGUCUCCUGCCUCCGUUUCUUCAUUUUGGUUGCCGAGGGCGUGUUUGUGGCUACGGAAGGCAUUUUCAAUGAAUAUCUCGUCUUCGAUGUUCUCCAGUCCCUUCUUGGUCUCUACUUUUGGCUGGUGGUCUUCUCCUACUAUGACCUGUUGAAGGACACCUGAGUUCAUAUAUUUGUGACUAUUUUAUUUUGUAAAAAAAAACUUGGAUCUGAAUUACAAAACAAAAUGUUUAACUGAAAUAUAUAAAACCAAUGUUCUGAAA